UGAAACUGUGGUCCAGCCGUCAGGGAAUCUUCAAGUCCCGGGACUGUGGUAGAGAUGCCGGGUGCCGCAGGGAAGGGCUCGGAGCUGUCCGAGAGGAUCAUGGGCUUCGUAGAAACUCUGAAGCGAGGUGGCGGGCAGCGCAGCUCGGAGGACAUGGCUCGGGAGACCCUGGAGCUGCUGCACCGACUUAUCACGGACCACCACUGGAGCAACGCGGGGGAGCUGAUGGAGUUGAUCCGCAGAGAAGGCAGGAGGAUGACGGCCGCGCAACCCUCCGAGACCACCGUGGGCAACAUGGUGCGGAGAGUGCUCAAGAUCAUCCGGGAGGAAUAUGGCAGACUGCACGGGCGCAGUGACGAGAGCGAUCAGCAGGAGUCCCUGCACAAACUCUUGACAUCCGGAGGCCUGAGCGAGGAUUUCAGCUUCCAUUAUGCCCCACUUAAGUCCAACAUCAUUGAGGCGAUUAAUGAGCUGCUAGUGGAGCUGGAAGGCACAACAGAGAACAUUGCAGCCCAGGCCCUGGAGCACAUCCACUCCAACGAGGUCAUCAUGACCAUUGGCUUUUCUAGAACAGUGGAGGCCUUCCUUAAAGAGGCAGCCCGGAAGAGGAAGUUCCAUGUCAUUGUUGCAGAGUGUGCUCCUUUCUGUCAGGGUCAUGAGAUGGCUGUCAAUUUGUCCAAAGCAGGCAUCGAGACAACUGUCAUGACUGAUGCUGCCAUUUUUGCUGUUAUGUCAAGAGUCAACAAGGUGAUCAUUGGUACAAAGACUAUCCUGGCCAAUGGUUCCCUGAGGGCUGUGGCAGGAACUCACACUCUGGCCCUGGCAGCGAAACACCAUUCUACCCCGCUCAUCGUAUGUGCACCCAUGUUCAAGCUUUCUCCACAGUUUCCCAGUGAAGAAGAUUCAUUUCACAAGUUUGUGGCUCCUGAAGAAGUCCUUCCUUUCACAGAAGGGGACAUUCUGGAGAAGGUCAGUGUUCACUGUCCCGUGUUUGACUACGUGCCCCCCGACCUCAUCACCCUCUUUAUCUCCAACAUCGGUGGGAAUGCACCAUCCUACAUCUACCGGCUGAUGAGCGAGCUCUACCAUCCUGAUGACCACGUCCUGUGACACUGCCUGUCCUCAGGCAGCUCAGACCCGGAGAGGAGCGGAGACCCAGUGCUUCCGCCACGGUGGGGAAUGGAGAGUCAGCUGAUGCCCCUCAGCCUUUCUUUCCUUCCCACUCGGCCCCACAGGGAGGCGCGUGUCUGGUACUGUUCUUUCCCUCGGGGCUUACCUGAGCAGCAGGGCUAACCCCUUGAUUUUGGAGCCACAUUGUGACCAGGCCGUGUUUGUUUCAGGAACUUCAACCUUCUGGCUUAGUGGGGUGUUACACAUACCAGGACUACUUUCCUUCUGGGUUGGUGUUUGCUCAGAAAUGGCUUCCAGACCUUUUUUUAGGCUGUGCCAAUAAAAGCUACUGGAAACUCCCAA